GUAGUUCCUACGCUCGGUGGCGCCUGCUUUGUUAUAGAUCUAUGCUAACACAUUUCUUUUGUUGUUUUUAACCGCUUUGCGAUUGUGUAUCUACUCUAUUAAUUUACAAGUGCUGCUGUGAUACCUCAGAAAAUGAGUGGCGGAGUUUAUGGAGGCGAUGAGGUAGGAGCUUUGGUGUUUGACAUAGGCUCUUAUUCUGUAAGAGCUGGCUAUGCAGGAGAAGAUUGUCCCAAGGCGGACUUCCCCACAGUGAUAGGUGUGACUCUUGACCGGGAGGAUGGCAGCACGCCUAUGGAGACGGAUGGCGACAAGGGCAAGCAGAGUAGCACCACCUACUACAUCGACACAAAUCAGCUGAGGGUUCCCAGAGAGAGCAUGGAGGUCAUGUCUCCACUAAAGAAUGGCAUGAUUGAGGACUGGGACAGUUUUCAGGCCAUUUUGGAUCACACAUACAAGAUGCAUUUCAAGUCGGAACCCAGCCUGCAUCCUGUGCUCAUGUCAGAAGCAUCUUGGAACACACGGGCGAAACGAGAGAAACUUACAGAGCUGAUGUUUGAACAUUACAACAUUCCUGCCUUCUUCCUCUGUAAAUCAGCUGUUCUGUCUGCCUUUGCCAAUGGACGGUCGACAGGUCUGGUUCUGGACAGUGGAGCCACACACACCACAGCAAUUCCAGUGCAUGAUGGUUAUGUCUUGCAGCAAGGCAUUGUCAAAUCGCCUCUGGCUGGUGACUUUAUGAGUAUGCAGUGCAGAGAGUUAUUUCAAGAGUUAAGUGUGGAAAUAAUUCCUCCGUACAUGAUUGCAUCAAAGGAUGCAGUGCGGGAAGGAUCUCCAGCCAGCUGGAAGAAAAAAGAAAAACUACCUCAAGUAACUCGCUCGUGGCACAACUACAUGUGUAAUUGUGUAAUCCAGGACUUUCAGGCAUCAGUGCUGCAGGUUUCAGACUCUCCGUAUGAUGAACAAGUUGCCGCCCAAAUGCCCACAGUGCACUACGAGCUGCCCAAUGGCUACAACUGUGACUUUGGUGCUGAGAGGUUAAAGAUCCCAGAGGGGCUAUUUGAUCCUUCCAACGCCAAGGGCCUGUCUGGGAACACCAUGUUAGGAGUUGGUCACGUGGUGACAACAAGCGUAGGAAUGUGUGACAUUGACAUACGACCAGGUCUGUAUGGCAGUGUGGUAGUGACGGGAGGAAACACGCUUAUUCAAGGCUUCACAGAUCGACUGAACAGAGAACUUUCCCAGAAAACCCCUCCGAGUAUGAGGCUGAAGCUGAUUGCCAACAACACUACGGUGGAGCGUCGCUUCAGUGCGUGGAUAGGAGGCUCAAUCCUGGCAUCGCUGGGAACUUUCCAGCAGAUGUGGAUCUCCAAACAAGAAUAUGAGGAAGGAGGAAAGCAGUGUGUGGACAGGAAGUGUCCAUGAUUUAACAUCAAGCCUCAUCACCUUUGCCACAGCUUCGACAUCACACGAUGUUCACCUCAGACCCAGACUCAGGAACGCUCGGCUCUUAUUUUGUAUUAGUUUUAAAAACUGAGCCGAUCUGUACACCUGUCUGGAAUUUACCGUAGAAAAAUGAAACGUCAAAACUUCGUUCCUUGUUUGUCUAAAAUGUGUUGCCUUAUCAGUCAUCGAUGAAACAUUACAGUCAAACAUCGUGUUACUGUGGGGUGAUGUCACAAAUCUAUUGUAGAGGAUUUCAGCAGCUUACUGACAAGCUAAAGUGCAUGAUGAAGGUCAGUAUUUGGAGUAAACGUGAACAUCUGAUCAUUGCUUUUUCUGUGUAGCUGGUAGAUCAUCAUAGGCAGAGGCAUCUCGGUUAACGCCUCUGUUUUUCUUAAUGUGGGAACUAAAAUGAAUAUUUAAUUUUUACAUGUCAUUGACAAUAUCUUAAAAAUAAACUAAUCUUUGUUAAGUUCACAA